AUGCUAAGGGAUUAUGAUACCGAAGUCAUCAAACCUUGGGUUGGAAGCCAGAUAACGGCAUUAACUUCGAAUAAUGUGACAUUCAGUGGUAAUAUCGGUGGUAAAGUAAUCAGUGGAACCAGAUUGAAUAUUUCUCCAUCUAUGACAGGCACUUCAUCGGUCACGACAUAUUCAACAUUCGAUGGAACUAAGAGUUCAUGGUUCGGGCUCGAUGGAACAGGAUUCUUAGGAUACAACCCCGGUGCUUCAACAUGGCUCGGUGCUCAGGAUUUACCCAUGUUCAUAUAUCCUAGGACAUCUAGCACGCCUACUCUAGGUCUAAGAGUGGACACAAAUGGUUCAUGUGCUGUAGGGGGCGACCUAACAGUUGGAGCCUCUUCUGUAAACAGUUUACGUUAUCUCGUUUUGAGCAAUACUAAUACAGGAGGAAACGCAUGUAGUAUUCUUUGUCUUACGGCCUCAGGAGGGUCUGGAGUGAUGUUUUUGAACGGAAACAACCGGAGUGUCGAUGGAGGGCAAAACACAAUGACAUUGAGAAACGAUAUUGGAAAUCUUCGGCUCCAAGCACAGACCGCUAGAGGACUAACAAUACAGGCAAACACUGGAAUUGUUACACUGGAUAGCACAACAGUAUCAACAUCUUCAACAACGGGUGCCCUAGUUUGUCCUGGUGGUGUCGGUAUUGCAAAGGACAUAUUCAUUGGUGGUAAUAUCUAUGCCUCCACCAAUAUGAAAGUAGCAACGGAAACAUUCGUUAUGACUGGAUUAGCAUCGAAGCAAAACUUAUCUCCUUUGCUCGACAAUAUCAGUAGUCUGACCCCGACUGAUGGCACUUUUUUGAUGGGUGGAAAUGGUGGUUUUUUCCGGAUUGUACCUAAAGAUGAAAUCCUCAGCGCAUAUCAGCCGUUGAUUACACCAGCGAGUGUCCUUAACCUUAGCGGUCUAACGGUACAGAAUUCAAACACCAAUGCUACGGCAAUCACACUAGGAAAUUCUAGCGCUGCACAGACAUGGAAUAUCCAUGUGGCUGGUAAUACGGUCGUGAGUGGAGGCCUAGGAGUAUCAACUGAUGCGUAUAUCGGUGGAAUGGCUUACAUCGGAGGUCUCGAAGUUGCUUCUCAAAAAUUUGUAAUUGAUAACACUGCUCCAAUAAGUCAAUCCUUGUCUUCAUUGACAACGACGGUAACUAAUAACAACAAUUCCCUCACUUCUGCACUCGCCUCGAAGCAGCCUAUGAACGCUACAACUAAUAGCCUGUACACGAUGAUGGUGCAGCCAGACAGUUGGCUUUAUUCUUCUGCUGGGACUACAUUCGAGAAUGUUACUUCCAGUCAAGUGAAAGGCAUCCUCGAUAUUGCUACAAAUGCUAGCGUGAACACACUUCUUUCUGGGAAACAACCCAGUAUCACAACAUCAACAAAUCUGAGUCUUGCUUCUGUUACUGCAAAUGGUUAUUUGAGUGUUCAAAAUGGCGCCAAUCCCACCUUUAUGUCACUGGUAAAUACUUCAUCAAACGUGACUUGGGGUAUUCGAGUUGCAGGUUCAACCGCCGAUGGCUCUAACCCAGCAGGCAGGUUCGGAAUCAACUCUUCAUAUAACAACAUUGGCUAUGUGUUCAAGAUUUCUAAUACCGGUAUUACACAGAUAACAAAUACCUCACAAUCGACUAGUUCGACUACAGGAGCACUUCUAGUAAGUGGUGGUUUAGGUGUUGCCAAGGACUUGUAUGCUGGAGGAAAUGUAAUUGGUAGCACCUCUGUGGAUGCUCCAAACUGGGUGCAAUCUAGAAACAUUUCAUCUGGCGUAAACGCAUACACUGCUAUUGGUUGUUCCAAUGAUAGCGGAAAUGCAGCCUUACUUUUUCUCAACUCUUCUACAAGGACUGCUGAUGGCUCGUCAAAUAACGCUACUCUUCAUAACGAUUGUGGAGACAUGAACAUCCAAGGGAAAUCUGGUCUAGGAUUAGGUCUGCGGAUUGUUUCUAUUUCAAACGAAGUUAAGGUGUUGACUGCUACAGACUCCUCGUCUGCAACAACAGGGGCUUUACAGGUAUUAGGAGGUGUAGGAAUAUCGAAGACUCUGUGGGUUGGUAAUAAGGUAACAAGUGGGAAAGGAACAGGGUAUGGUUUUGGAUGGGGUAGCAUAGGUGGAAAUGUCAAUACUGGUGACAUGACAUUCUUCUCCCCAUCUUCGAAUGGCCAAGCCUUCUUCAACGAUCAGAUUAACGACGUCUGCCUGAGGGCGUGGAAUACGAACCUGAGAUUCGGUGUAACAAAUAGUUCAUCUCAACUAGAUAUUCUCUCAUCUGGGAAUGUCAUUGUAAAUACAAGCACAGAUGCUUCAUCAUCAAUCACAGGUGCGUUCCAAGUAAAGGGAGGUGUUGGAAUAUCGAAGAAUCUCUACUGUGGAGGGAGUCUGUACUCCAAUAAUCUGAAAGUUGCAACCGAGAGUUAUGUAGGGGCAGCCAUUGCUUCAAAACAGACAUCGAGUCUGCUCCUAGAUUCCAUUAGUGGAGUCACACUAUCUGCAAAUUCUUUCAUUUUAGGGAGUUCUGCAACGACAUUCGCGGUGAAAACUCCUGAAGAGGUGAAGACAUUAUUAGGCAUUACAAAUGUCGAUCUCUCAGUGAAGCAAAAUGCAUCACCCUUACUCUCUACUCUCGCUGCGAUGUCACCAAUGAGCAAUAUGUUUCUCAUGGGAGAUGAUGUCCAAGGAUUCACUCUCACAAAUGACGUCGCUGUGCGAAGUAUUUUAAACAUUGUUGACUAUGCCCCCAGCAUAUCAGCACUGCAAACAUCGAAACAAGAUUUACUCACACCUACCAGCAAUCUGUCGGUAAAUACAAUUCUUGCUAAUGAUACAUCCGAGGCAACAACCGUAUCAAGUGGGGCUCUACAGGUAAAAGGAGGAAUAGGGGUUUCUAAAAGUAUCUUCUCAGGUGGAAACAUUACAGGAAAAGUUCUCAUAGCCGCCUCUACAGGUGGAUAUUUCAAGUUGAGAAGUGAUACUCCUGCAACGAAAGGUGAUUAUACUAUCGGCUAUAACAAUUCCGGAGACGCCCUUCAUGUUCACCUCGCCGGCUCGUCUGAUAGCAUAGACCAACGUCGUUAUGAAUUCGGUCAUUAUUCCAGUGAUACCUUUGGAACAUGGAAUAGCCGAUUCUCAGUUAACACCUACACCGGAGACCUCAUCUCGUCCGGUAAUCUAACUAUUGGUUCGCCACUUAACAGGUUACGGGCUAUUAUUCUUAAAAACCUUGAUCCUGGAAGCAAUAGUUGCGCAAUCCAAUACUUCCAGAAUGCCGCAGGGAGUGCUGUUAUGUUUUUGAAUGGGAACAAUAGGACUGUGGAUGGAGGCGUGAACACCUUCACAAUCAGGAACAAUGCAGGUGCGGUGCGAUUGCAAGCGCAGGGAGCGAAGGGUAUUACUAUUGCAUCGUCGACAGGAAAUGUCAUCAUUGAAAGUACCACUCCGGCUUUAUCGAGUACAACAGGUGCGUUGGUGGUGAAUGGAGGUGUUGCUAUUGGUGCACAUGUUGUUGCAGGAGAGAAUCUGUAUUCGAACGGUGCUGUCUAUAGCAAUGGUCAGGUUUGUGCUACUCAACCAUGGGUUUCCAGUCAAACAUUUCUAAGAAAUGUUCAAGUGUUCAAACUUUUGACUAAAGACGUGUGGCAAUCCAACAAUGCCUCGAAGGUCUUCUAUGUUUCAACACCAGGUAAAGUACUUAUGGAGUGGACGGUCAACCUCCAUGGCACAGCAAACUCAAAUGGUACAUUGUCAAUAUUUCUCGGCCAAAGCGCUGGGUCGAUGCCUCUCGUGUACUCGAGCGACUUUAACUUUAAUUCCGGGGUCAAUCAUACAAUCACAGCAUCAUUCAUUGUUACAGGGAUGGCCGAUAACGUUGCUUACUUCACAAAUUUUAGUAUCAGUCAGGCUGCUCCCGAUAACACAACUGAUGUUUCCCUCAUUAAAAUCACUGAACUCGGACAAUAG